UCUCUCACUAGACUCCUCCUCCUCCUCAUCGCUCUGCUCUUCUCACGCUUCCCAACGAUGCUGCUACGUGGCACAAUCUCCGCCCCUCUCCAGUCUCUCCGCCUCAGAACCACCGCAGCUCGGCCUCAAAACGUCGCCGUUUCGUGGCAUUCCCCAACCAACAAGUACUCGAUCUCGGACCAGGACCUCGACUCCCGCGGCUUCCUCCUCCACCGCACCACCGCCGACCUCAACCUCGACCACCUCAACAAGGUCUUCGUCGCCGUCGGGUUCCCCAAGCGGGACCCGGCCAAGAUCCGGAUCGCGCUGGACCACACCGACUCCCUGCUCUGGCUCGAGUACGCCAAGACCAACCGCCCCGUCGCCUUCGCCAGGGCCACCGGCGACGGCGUCUUCAACGCCAUCAUAUGGGACGUCGUCGUCGACCCCUCCUUUCAGGGGAUCGGCCUGGGCCGGGCCGUGAUGGAGCGCCUCGUGGAGGAGCUCGUCGAUAAGGGCAUCGGGAAUAUCGCUUUGUAUUCGGAGCCCCGGGUUCUCGGGUUUUAUCGGCCCUUGGGCUUUGUGGCCGACCCGGAUGGGAUCCGCGGAAUGGUGUAUUCCAGAAAGCCCAAGAAGCAGAAGUGAUCUUUUUGUAUCAAAGCACAGUGAGGUAUAUAGGAGAUUGAGAUUGCACAAUUAUUGAGUUUUCGAAUGUAAAGAUGAUUGCUUGUUUAUCAUAUCAUAUAUCUAACAAAGGGUGAAUUUUAUUGAAUCCAAGAAAA